ACGACGACAACCUACAACUUACAACCUUGGAAGCUUUGCAAUGAGCUAUAAGCUCUUUACUAAACAGAGAUGACUUGAAUGGAUUCAAGUUACGACCUGCUUUCUUCCUUCAUCACUAGGUUCUUUAUAGUUCCUUAUGGGCCUCAUCGAGUAGGUACUCUCACUAGUUUGACAUGUGCGAGAUCCACCAAACGAUGGCAACUAUCAAUUUUGGUCAAUUCUCAUGAUCACCCGUCUUGGCUCUUUAUGAGCUAGUAGAGGGAGGUCUCUCAAAUAAUGUCACAAUACAAAUCUUCUAAGAUGGAUAGACCGGAGCCAGGCCUUAUCAAGUGGUCCCCGAACCCAAACUACAAUACAUUCCUCCAUGUCAAUCUACAACACCGAGUCGUACAGCUAUACGAGCCCACCGGCCAUGCGCAGCCGGGCAAUUUCCAAUUCCAUAAGACAUCCAAGUAUGAUGAGAUACCUCCGUUGACCACGUACGACUGGUCUCCCGCUCAUCGCGGACUCGUUGCUAUCGGGACAGCGAGUGGUACCGUGGAUCUUAUAAACCUCCACAGCGAUUCUAGCGCUCACCUUGAACUCCCCAUAAGGAUUACACGUACUUGCCAGGCGGUAGCAUUCAAUACGGGCACUCUGCUAGCCGUCGGGCUGGAACGUGUGCGAAAUGAUCAGUGUCUCAAAAUCUUCGACGUAAAUAAACUUACGGCAUUGGAGUCUGGGGCUACUUGGGAAUCCCUCGAGGGUUCGAUGAACCCGGUAAUCGGCUUGGAGGCUAGUAUUUCUAUAUCAAGCACCAAAUUCUUCGAAGAUAGCCCUCAGGUACUAGUUGCCGGUAUUAAAAAUCAGGGUAUUCGGAUCUACGACCUACGAGAUCCACAAGGCGCAGUAAUAAACUAUGCGACCAAGUGUAACAACAAUUUGGCAAUUGAUUAUGCGGACCAGAACUACUUCGCUUCGACUUCCUUAGACAAGCCAGGCUUAGUAAUCUGGGAUCGACGUGCGACCUCGAGAUCGUCUUCCUCUCGUUUCUACCUCGACGCUGUCGAUACAGACGAACUACCAUGGGGGGCUGCUCUCAAUAUCGAUAGGGCAAUCGACGUCAAAGAUGCCAAUUUCCAGGACAGGGGAUCGUUGACACGAUCGGUACGCUUCUGUAGAGAUCGCAGCGGCUUGAUUGCUGUCCUCUCCCGAACUGGCCAGCUCAAGGUUUUAGACAUCAAAAAAGAAUUUAUCCCUUCUGACGUGCAUCCUAAGGAUAGCCCCGAAGUCCUCGAGGUCAGGAGAUCCUACGAGCUAGAUAUGAGUUAUGUGAGAGAUCGGAAGGAUGAGAGAAUCGUCUCAUUUGAUUGGUUGAAUCUUGAUUCUCCCGCUUUGACGCCACGAGCAAUAGUCUUGCGAGCCAAUGGAACUUUUGACAUUCUUGAGAAACCAUCCUACACGUCGGAACAUCUGUUUAAGAUGAUACCUUGGAAGGCGCCUCACCGUGGACUAGAAGGGGGCUAUAGCUAUCACUCUCUGAUGAGUUUCGAACCAGCGCAGUAUUCUGAUAUGAUUAGUUCACUUAAUAUCGACAGGGCCUUUGAAGAUAUGCCCUUAUUUGGAGUCGACAAAGGAUCUCCCCACGCUAUAGUACAGGAAGCGUUAUUGUCUCCUGCACCUACUGACGAUCCUAUAUAUGAUUCAGAGGCCAGCGAUAUAGAACUCGCGGAAUCAUUCGCAAAUGCCUUCAAGAUAGCCGAUAAAUUACGAAUUUUGAGAAAAUAUUCCAAGGAAAAUCUUGAGACUUCUAAGAAGCCUGAUGAUAAGCUCAACGGGCUGCCAUCAAAUAGAGAGUUACAUGAGCGACUACUCUCAUCAACACUUGACACAAAAGGGUUCCCUAAGAAAGCACAAGUGAUCCUGGACCACCUGAUGCUCCUUCGUUCUAAAGAGAAAUAUCUAUUUGAUUAUGUUGCGAAUAGGGACAUCGUUGCCGAUGAUCCAUGGCUAAGAGAAUUAUGGGGUUGGAUUUCCAGGGCUGACGAGGCUGCCUAUGACAUGGGAAUGGUAUCCCAAGGAAUCGAUCUGAGUUAUAUGGGAGUCUGCAACAUAUGGAACGGCGAUCUAGGACUGAACGGUUCGGCAAGGCUAUUAGAUGGUACCAGGCCUCCAGAUCUUGCGGCAUGGGAGCGCUGCCUGCAGGAAAUAAAUCGGAGAUCAAGACAACCAAUAUACGACGGCGUCGAGACCAAAAAGCUUCCACAGCGAUUAGCUGCCUUACGGAUCUGUGGAUGGGGUAGAUCGCCCGAUGAAAAUCUCGGCGAAUACGCGGAUAUGCUGCCUUCUGAGAGAAAUUCCUUAUGGCACACCAUGAGAACUGCCCAUGCUCUUUUUGAAGGCGAUUUCGACAAAGCAGUCCAAAUACUUAGGGAAGCUAGCGCGGAGUAUCCGAAUCUCCUAUUUGUCUCUUUGGCUCUACAGCUCAAAAGCCAAGAGGAUAAAAGUAUCAGCAAACCACGAUUAAACUUCGACGACACGACCGCUUCUAACACAGAUCCAUAUCUGAGAGCUAUAUCGUCUAUCAUCGCAACAGAUAAUUGGGAAUACAUAGCAGAUCAAGAAUCAUUACCUCUUCGUGAGCGUACAUUUGUGGCGCUUCGAUAUUUCGACGACGCCAAGCUUACUCAGUGGCUCGAUAAAGAGCUCAAGAAAGCGAUAGAGACGGGCGAUAUCGAAGGAAUCGUACUCACGGGCAUAACAGAUAAGCUUGUGGAUAUUUUUGCAAAAUACAUCGAAAAAUUCAACGACGUCCAGACGGCUACCCUGGUUCUAUCCAUAUGCUCACCGAAAUACAUCAACGACUACCGAUGCCGCGCGUGGCGCAACGCGUACAGAGCCUAUCUCCAGCGUCACAAAGCCUUCAUGCAACGGACCAAGUUCGAGGUGGAAAGCACGAAGAAAAGCAAGCGGGGAGGCAUCCCUACCAUCACGCCACCCUCUAGACAAAUCGCCCUGCGCUGCGUGUACUGCGACGCCGAGUACGAGCUUUCGAAGAUGGGCGGCGCGGCCCUUCCGUCGACCGGCAAGGCCCAGCAGACGGCGGUUAAUCCGCUCACGGCGACGAACAUCAACGCCGGCGUCAGCUGCCCCAACUGCGGCCGCCACCUGCCCCGGUGCGUCGUGUGUCUCGAGGUCGUCGGCGUCCCGCGCUCCGAUAAGCCCGAGGCCUCGCCCGAUCCGCAGAUCAGGGUCGCCGCAAGGUUUCCCACGUUCUGUCUCAAGUGCGAACACGUGCUUCAUCUGGACCACGCGAGGCAGUGGUUCGCGAGACAUGUCGAGUGUCCCGUGCCUGAGUGCAGGUGUAGGUGCAAUUUUAGGGCGAAUCCGGAGUUGAAUUAUCGGUGAUUGGGGAGUGAUGUUUAUGGAAAUGUUAUGUGUUAUGUCUUGAGAUAGUGGCUGGUAUACUUGCUACUGGUUGCUACAAAAGGUAGUUUUCACGUUACUACGAGUUCGGAAUGUUCUAUCUCUUCUAGAAAGCAGGUCGAUGGGCAGUUUGCAUUCAUAGCUCGAUAUUGUUACGCUUGUUCUCUUUUUAAUCCAGUUCUUUGCUACUGCCCGCCUCGUACAACCCUAUAUCAUGGAUUAUAUUGCUUCCCUAUACUCUCUUUAAAUGCGAUUCGUC